GGAGUGAGGUCUGUGCCUGCCGACGCGCCUCUCCUGUGCAGCCCCCCUCAAGAAGAGCUUUUAAUGAAGGCAAACCUUGGAAUUUUUGAAAGGGAGAAGGAUCUGCAUAAUACCAGUGAAGUGGAUAAAAACGCACGGCUGCCUUCUUUUUGAGUUGUUUUUUCCUCUGGUGUGUGAAUGAAACGCGAAAGCAAAUAGAGUGAAAGAGGAACGGUGCAGGUUCUGGACUGGGAGUAGAUCUGUCAGAGUGGUUUUGUGUAAACACGUUUCCAGUGCGCCCGUUUUAACUUUUAUUUCUUCACAACCUGGCGAGCUCUACUCUUCUGCUUACACAUCGCGGAGUUGCUUUUUCCCGGAGCGAAGAGACUUUCGUGUUUUCCCCCUUCAGUGAGACUGCUUAAACUUUCUACGUUUAAAAAAAAUAAAUAAAAAGAUCGGAUUGCAUUUUCCCCCUUCAAACAUUUUGGAGGUGAUGUCAUCGUGCUGUGUUUUGGCUGGUAUUGUGUCGAGAGGGCGCAGGGAGGACUGCUGCAGCCAGGCGGAAAACAGCGGCUGAAGCGAGUGGGGAAGUCCGGAAAAUCAGGUGCAAAGUGCGGCUGUUAUUUCCUUGCUGUGUCGCGGGUGGCUGAGUCCGCCACCCAGUCACAGCUGUUCCCAUCCUCUCCAGCCACCCCUCCCUCCCUCUUCUUUCUUUCCCCUUUAUUAUCCCCACCCAUUCUCAUUCAGCACUCUCCAUACAACCCUCUGAGCUGGACCGCUCCGGGACCUUGUCGCCACCUCUGUCGGACACUGUUGGUCGGUGUCACCUGAGCCACAGACCCAUUGAGCCAGCGUUGAGGCGCAGACAUGAGCGAGGCCGCCCUGCAUUACCCUGCGCCCUCAGAGCGCCCGUCUCCAGCUCACACUUUGCUCCAUCAGCCAGCUCAGGUAGCCCAUCUUCACCAGCUCCCGACACUGCUCUGCUGGGACUAAACUUGCCCCCUGCUCCUGUCUGUGUGGGAACAUAAUCUAAAUUACUCUGUUGUAAUAUAUCAUUCAUAACAGAAUACAUUUUUGAGAGCAAAAGCUUGCAGCUGAAACAUUACGCAUUGGAUUACGCAGAAUAUUCCGCACGCACGGCAGCUGUCCAGAGCUCCGAGCAUCCCUCUGAGGGUCAACAAGGUCGACUGGAGUUGGCUAUCUGUUCAGCGUGCACGCGCUUUCACCUGUUCAUCCCUCCUUGUUGGGGACGCGCAGUCUUUAAAGACCUAACCUUCCCUCCUUUGCUCCCCGCCCUCUCGCCUGUCUACACGGGUCUGGUCAGCUGUUAGAGGUUGCCCGGCGGUCACAGUGGCACAAUUACCCCUCCCUCACACCCCACUCUGCCCGCGCCCGCACAUUCACCCACGCCGGGGGUACCAGGGCACACCGCCGCCGAUGCCAACGGGAGUGUCCGCUGACUCUUUGACUCUGCUCAACAUCCAGCGGAUUCAAAACACAGAGGGGAACUCUCCGGACUGUCGGACUGGCUCAGACCGAGCGAGGAGACCGUCUCUGGGCCAAGUUCCAUAGUGGAGGGGGGAAGCGAUGUGGUCCCUUCUUUCCACGCUGACCGUCUUAUGUAUCCAGAUGUUGCUGGUGAUGUGCAAUCCAUUACAGCAGGUACUUGGUGUGGAUGGGGUCAACUUCAGCGUGCAUGUGGAGAACCAGACGCAGGUGCAAGACACCAUGAGUCGACGACACCACCGGGUCUACCAGCUCUACAGCCGCACCAGCGGAAAACACGUCCAGGUGCUCGGACGCAGAAUCAGCGCUCGAGGAGAAGAUGGAGACAAAUAUGCCCAGCUCGUAGUGGAGGCUGAUACCUUCGGUAGCCAGGUGAGAAUACGGGGCAAAGAAACAAAUUUCUACCUGUGCAUGAAUCGCCGCGGCAAGCUGGUAGGAAAGAAGGCCAGUAAUCGAAGCGCUGACUGCGUCUUUGUGGAAAAGGUCCUGGAGAACCACUACACAGCCCUGAUGUCAGCACGCUACACAGGCUGGUAUGUGGGCUUCACUAAAAGAGGCCGUCCUCGCCGUGGCCCACACACGCUCCCCAACCAGCAGGAUGUACACUUCAUGAAGCGUUUUCCGCCCGGGGAGCAGCCUGACCUCACCACACCCUUCCGCUUCACCACCAUCAGCAAGCGGGGAAAAAGGGUUCGCGCUACUGGGCCUCGCUAGUAGUGGCUAACGCUAGCACCCACUGUCUUGUCAUCCAAAGCCUGGACCUGAGCCUGCAUAUGGCUAACCUAGUCAUCUCUUCUGUCACACACGACUGAACAGCUCCCUUUGUUGGGACAAACAUUGACCAGAAACUUGAUGAAUCAUUCAUGGGGUUUAGCUUUACAACCUACUAAUUUGCCACUACAGUCCCAAAGUUAUUGAUCCUGCCUCUCAGUUUCACUUCCCUUCCUGGACAAACUGGACUUUUACUAGUCCAUUGCUGGAAGCUCUGUGGAUACGGUCUGUUUCCCUUCAUAGGCCAGAAACCUGAAGGGCAGCCAGAGUCCCAGGCUCUAUGAAGGCCUUUACUCCACAACCACAUGAACCACAAGGCCUUCAUGUCUCCUGUUACUGGACCAGCUGGACAGUGUCAAGUGUGGGAUUACAACAGGACCAUACAUAGACAGCGAGGUUGGGAGAAACUGACUGGACAAGAAAGUGGGUGCUUAGCUUAUGGACAAAGGGAAAAUAGGAGGGAGAAGACGGGAAAACUAUGGACUGGACGAAGGGAUAGAGUGAUCUGCACAGAUCUAAUUGACCAAUUAUGGAUUGUUGACUUGUGACGCACUUAUUUGUCUCACUGCAAAAUCAGUGGGAACCAGUGAGAUUGUUAGAUGGAUGUCAAAGGAUGAAUGAGGGAAUGACAGAGUGCGUGAAUUACAGAAUAAAUGCAUGUUUGUAAUGAGAAACAGAAGGAGAGAAAAUGUAUGUUGGAGUGUGUGUUUGCAUGUGUGAGUGAGUGCACCAACAACCAUGAGUGAAGCUGGAUCACGAGGGACUCUGGAAAGGGACCAUUCAGUCCCUGCAUGAACCCGUGACAACCCACCGCAGGGACUGAAGCUCAAAGAACUCGAAUGUAUAAAAACCAAGCUGCACCAAAAACAGCCAUCCAAUCACAGAAAACCAAAACCAACAGCCGACCAAAGACAACUGGAGACCUUCUUCACGACUCCUCCCCUUGCCCUGGACCCCCAGAGGACACUUCACCUUCAGCUUAUAGGUGCAGAGGGUGACAAGCGAAGGGGCGAGCACUGCGGGGAGGGUGCCUUGUCGAUUAGCAUUGCUAUAGAAACGACCCAGGGGAUGAUGCACCUGUGUGAUACCGUGGAUACAGAAUGCUGCUACCAGGACAUUCAGUGGAACAAACCAAAGUCUCAUGCAUACACACAGGAGAAAAAAUAUUAAAGGGAACAAUUUAUUGAAAGUUAUAUAUAUUAUAUAUAUAAAAGAAGACAGAACCCCUAAAUAAGCAAUCUUAUUAUGAUGGUUACUAUAAUUAUUACGAUAAAAUUAUUUCAUUUAUUUAUUUCAGCUCUGUGUGCAGCAGUCUUUCCUGACUCAGUAAAUCUUACGGAAACGUUU